AUGUAUGUCUGGAUCAGAAAAUUUAACCAGGUUCACAAAAUUGCCCCCGACUACACCGGUAAACUUCAGAGCAAGGAUUCUAAUUCAGACAAUAAGCCAUCCUAUCCACCAGCUGUAUUUCUUCCGGCUAUACAAAUCGUCUGUAAAGGCGCUUCCCACUACGGCCUGACCAAAGACAGGAAGAGGCGCUCUCAAGAUGGCUUCCCGGAUGGCUGUGCGAGCCUCACGGCAACAGCACUCUCCCCAGAAGUCUCUGCAGCUGCCACCGUCUCCUUAAUGACAAACGAGCCUGGCCUAGACAACCCUGCCUACGUGUCCACAGCCGAGGAUGGUCAGCCAGCAGACGGCCCACUGGACUCUGGCCGGAGCAACCGAACUAGGGCACGGCCUUUUGAGCGAUCCAGUAUCAGGAGCAGAUCUUUUAAAAAAAUAAAUCGAGCUUUGAGUGUUCUUCGAAGGACAAAGAGUGGAAGUGUAGUUGCCAACCAAGCUGACCAGGGCAGAGAAAAUUCCGAAGGCACCGCUGCCUCCGAAGUCUUUCCAAGGUUGUAUCACCUGAUUCCAGAUGGUGAAAUUACGAGCGUCAAGAUCAAUCGAGUGGAUCCCAACGAAAGCCUCUCCAUUAGGCUUGUGGGAGGCAGCGAAACCCCACUGGUCCAUAUCAUUAUCCAGCACAUUUACCGUGAUGGGGUGAUUGCCAGGGACGGCCGGCUCCUGCCAGGAGACAUCAUCCUGAAGGUCAAUGGGAUGGACAUCAGCAACGUCCCUCACAACUACGCCCUUCGCCUCCUGCGGCAGCCCUGUCGUGUGCUGCGGCUCACUGUGCUGCGAGAGCAGAAGUUCCAAAGCAGGAGCAAUGGACAGGCACUCGAUGCCUAUGGACCCCGCGAUGACAGUUUCCAUGUGAUUCUCAACAAAAGCAGCCCUGAGGAGCAGCUUGGAAUAAAACUGGUGCGCAGGGUGGAUGAGCCCGGGGUCUUCAUCUUCAACGUGUUGGAUGGUGGGGUAGCAGACCGACAUGGUCAGCUGGAGGAGAACGACCGUGUGUUGGCCAUCAAUGGACAGGACCUUCGGUACGGCAGUCCCGAAAGCGCAGCUCAUCUGAUUCAGGUGAGUCACGGGGCAUUGCCAAGAUCUCGGCUGGAAACUGCCAUCAGGAGUGGUAUACUCAUUUACCUGCCCUACCUGCCAUGUUACUACCACAUGUAACGU